AUACACAUGGACCCUUUCAAGUUCCUUACAAGCAUCGCACAAACAAUUUAGUAUAUGAAGAAACCCCGAAUCAAGCUCAUCCCUCUUCUCUCUCUCCUUCCCAGCUUCUCACAGAAGUCGCACACCGAGCAAGCAAAGCGAAAAUGGAAACCCCAAGGCACAGCUGCCUAAAGCUUGUACUCCCAAAGCCCAGCGAACCCAAGAAGACCGAACCCAUCUUCGUCAAGGCCACAUGGUUCGACACCCGCUUCGACCUCUCCAUCACUGACGGCCUCGAUGCUUGGGAUUGCCAAGCAUCUGAAGAGGAAGUGAUAGAGAGAGCGGCUCAGUGGGACCAGCCGGUGUCCGAGUACAUUGAAUUGGCCGAGCGUUAUUUGGGGUUUCAACAGCCUGGUUCGGUUUAUAAGUUCACUGAUGCUGGUGAUGGGAAUAGAAGAUUGUCGUGGACGUUUGAGAAAGAAGGGACCAAACUAGAGUGGCGAUGGAAAUGUCGACCUUCACCGGAUCGUAAGAAGACUACUUCAGGAAUCUUGGACUUUCUUCUGGAUGCCAAUAUAAGACUAAGUGAAGAAGUUGUGAGCAAAACUAAAUCGUUUGAGAGGAUGAAACUGGAAGCCGAGAAAUGUCUAGCUCAAAGCGAGAGAUUCAACAAUGAGAAGACGGAAUUUGAGUCGGCAAUCUAUGCAAAGUUUCUUGGUGUCUUGAACACGAAGAAAGCAAAACUUAGAGACCUUCGCGAUCAGCUGGCCAAGCAGGAUGCGGCUGGGAAAUUUGCACAAGAAGAUGAAGAGUCCGCAGAAAAGACAGAGACUUUUGAUGAGGAAAUGAGUGACGAUGCGAAAAGCAAGGAAGAAACUGUGGAUGCAGGAACAUCAAAGGCUGUGCCGAGGAGCAAUGCCGGAGGGAGGAAAAGGAUUACACGGAAGUAGCAUCAUGCUAACCAAGUCAACCGACUCUUUGUAGCGUGACUUUGUCAGACAAAGUAUAGUUUCUGCUGACAUGCGAAGGUAGUACAAAAACCUCGAAUCAUUACCAGAAAAGAGAAGAUAGGCCAAUGGAAGUAAUUAUACAGGUUGUUGAAUGUACAUACUUUUACAGAGCAUUAGGAAGCAAACUCUAGUGAUCUUUUCAUUAAAAUGUGGAGCUUUCGUCGUUCUUUCAAUUUUGUUGGUCUUUGACGCUGAGAUUGUAUGAAUUGAAAGGUUUUAAUGAUCUUUGGACAGCCCAAAAA